AUGGGACCCGGGGAAAAACCACCAACCCCAAACCACCCACUUGUGUUUCUCAAGCUGAGUUCUCCGACAGCGGCUGAAAGACCCCAAAAGUUGCGCCGCGCCUCCCGGACCUGCGCCCGCCCCAGCGUCGCCUCUUGGCCCCCGGCCGCCGGCAGCGUCCUGCAGAGGAGCGUCGCGGCACCCGGGAACCAGCCGCAGCCGCAGAGCCCUGAGGAUGAUGACAGGAAGGUCCGAAGGAGAGAAAAAAACCGAGUUGCUGCUCAGAGAAGUCGGAAGAAGCAGACCCAGAAGGCCGACAAACUCCACGAGGAAUAUGAGUGCCUGGAGCAAGAAAACACAGUGCUGCGGAGAGAGAUCGGGAAGCUGACAGAGGAGCUGAAGCACCUGAGCGAGGCCCUCAAGGAGCAUGAGAAGAUGUGCCCGCUGCUGCUGUGCCCCAUGAACUUUGUGCCCGUGCCACGGCCGGACCCUGUGGCCGGCUGCCUGCCCCGAUGAAGCCCAAGGACCAUCCUCCUCUGCCGGGUGAGGAGCCUUGGUCUUUUU